GUAAAAAAUUAAAAUGAACAAACUAAGGCAAAGUUUUAGGAGAAAGAAAGAUGUUUAUGUUCCAGAAGCCAGUCGUCCACAUCAGUGGCAAACAGAUGAAGAAGGGGUUCGUACUGGAAAAUGUAGCUUCCCCGUUAAGUACCUUGGCCAUGUAGAAGUUGAUGAAUCAAGAGGAAUGCACAUCUGUGAAGAUGCUGUAAAAAGAUUAAAAGCUGAAAGGAAGUUCUUCAAAGGCUUCUUUGGAAAAACUGGGAAGAAAGCAGUAAAAGCAGUUCUUUGGGUAUCUGCAGAUGGACUCAGAGUUGUGGAUGAAAAAACUAAGGACCUCAUAGUCGACCAGACCAUAGAAAAGGUUUCUUUCUGUGCCCCAGAUAGGAACUUUGAUAGAGCUUUCUCUUACAUAUGUCGAGAUGGUACCACUCGGCGCUGGAUCUGCCAUUGUUUCAUGGCCGUCAAGGACACGGGUGAACGAUUGAGCCAUGCAGUAGGCUGUGCUUUUGCAGCCUGUUUAGAACGUAAGCAGAAGCGGGAGAAGGAGUGUGGAGUGACCGCUACUUUUGAUGCCAGUCGGACAACUUUUACCAGAGAAGGAUCAUUCCGUAUCACAACAGCCACCGAGCAAGCAGAGAGAGAAGAGAUUAUGAAACAAAUCCAGGAAGCCAAGAAAGCCGAAACAGAUAAGACAAUUGUUGGUUCAUCUGUGACCUCUGUCAGCACAGCCCCAUCCCUGUCAUCUCCCACCUCACCCACUUCGGAUGCCACUGCCUCUCUGGAGAUGAACAACCCACACGCCAUCCCACGCCGGCAUGCACCGAUUGAACAACUGGCUCGCCAAGGCUCUUUCCGAGGAUUUCCUGCUCUUAGCCAGAAGAUGUCACCCUUUAAACGCCAACUCUCCCUGCGCAUCAAUGAGUUGCCUUCUACUAUGCAGAGGAAGACUGAUUUCCCUAUUAAAAAUGCAGUGCCAGAAGUAGAAGGGGAAGCAGAGAGUAUCAGCUCCCUAUGCUCACAGAUCACCAAUGCCUUCAGCACACCCUCCGAGGAUCCCUUCUCAUCAGCCCCAAUGACCAAACCAGUGACGGCAGUAGCCCCCCAGUCUCCUGCUUUUCAAGCUAAUGGCACUGACUCAAUCUUCCAUGUGCUUGCUGUUAAGCCAGUUCAUCCUGCUCUAGCAUCCAUAGCCAUGCCUGUGCGUGACACCAACCCUUGGGCCCAUACCCCUGAUCCUGCUAACAAGGAAAUUGCAGCCACGCGUUCGGCGACUGAGUGGGGUCAGUCUUCUGGUGCUGCCUCUCCAGGUCUCCUCCAGGCUGGUCACAGGCGCACACCCUCCGAGGCUGACCGCUGGUUAGAAGAGGUGUCCAAGAGUGUCCGGGCUCAGCAGCCCCAAACUUCAGCUGCCCCGCUGCAGCCCCUUCUCCAGCCACCUCCCCCCACGGCCGUCUCUCAGCCUGCCUCACCGUUCCAAGGGAAUGCAUUCCUCGCCUCACAGCCCGUGCCAGUGGGGGUGAUCCCACCCCUGCAGCCAGCCUUUGUCCCUCCCCAGCCCUACCCUGUGGCCAACGGGAUGCCCUAUCCAGCCCCUAAUGUGCCUGUGGUGGGCAUCACUCCAUCCCAGAUGGUAGCUAACGUGUUUGGCACCGCAGGCCACCCUCCGCCGGCCCAUCCCCACCAGUCUCCCAGCCUGGUCAAGCAGCAGACAUUCCCUCUGUAUGAGAUCAGCAGUGCCACUGCUAGUCCUUUCUUUAAGCCGCCUGCUCAGCACCUCAACGGUUCUGCAGCAUUCAAUGGGGUAGAUGAGAGCAGACUGGCCUCAGGAGACAAGCACACGGAGGCAUCCACGGGGACCUGCCCAGUGGAUCCAUUUGAGGCCCAGUGGGCCGCAUUAGAGAGCAAGGCCAAGCAGCGCACCAACCCUUCCCCCACCAACCCUUUCUCCAGUGACUUACAGAAAACGUUUGAAAUCGAACUUUAAGCAGUCCCUACGUCUUCUGUAUUUCGUCCUCACUUAAGGCCAGGGCAGGGGUGAGGAGCUAAAAGAGCAAAGGGAACUUGGUGUUUGUUCCUGGUCAGUCCUCUUUCUAUAAAACCCAAAGGUCCCAAGGAGCACUAGACAGCGUGCGUGCGUUCAGGUGUUACCUGGGGGGGAAAGGGCUGAAGAAGACAUUCUUAGGGAAGAGGUAUCCUACAGUUAAGCUAAAGAACACAAGGAAAUGUUCCCCACCCCUACCCCACCCCUUUU